UGUGACGUAAAACCGGAAGCGGAAGAAAGAAUAAACGAGGCAACAACGAAGAAAAUGGCGAAUGCUGAAGUUUAUACAAAUCAUGUUUCUUCUAGACAAAACGAAAUAUUAAGUGAUGGGGAAACUUCAGGUAGUGAAGAACCACCAGUUGUAGAUGAAGGAGAAGGGGUAGAUGAGGAAGAAGGGGAAGUAACUCAUGUUUCCACAUCUAAAGACAAAAAAGACAAGAAGAAGAAAAAACAUAAACACAAACAUAAACAUAAAACAGAUAAACAUGAACGCCAUGGGAGUGAUAAACACAAACAUAAAAAACGCAAGAAACAUAAAAUGGAAAAGACAGAAGAGGAGGAGGAAGAAAUGGAUGUAGAUAAUGUGGAAAAGAAGAAGCGAAAGUUUGAUGAAGACAUUGCUAAGUUAGAAAAAGCUAGAGAGGUUUUGAAAGCUGUACUUAGUGUAGAUAGUAACAGUAAUCAAGAAGCUGAAAUGAACCCAAUGGACAUGAUUGCACAGGGAUACGCUGCAUCAGAAUCCGAGGAAGAAGAUGGAGAGGUGGAUCAUGAAGAAACAAAAAUAGAAAAGAAGAUCUCAAGAGAAUGGCAAAUAUUAGAACAGGCUUUAGCAGAGAAAGUUAAACAGGAAAAGAAAGAAGAAGAAGACACCGACCAUAGAAAUGAUAAACGUGAAAAACAGUCGCGUUCAGAUAGACAUAGAUCUAAGGAAAACGAUCCAUACUCUAGUGAAAAACAUAGAUCUAAGGAAAAUGAUCCAUACACUAGUGAAAAACAUAGAUCUAAAUCACCAGUUGUUAUUGAUCUCACAGAUGAUUCAGUUCCAGACAAAAAAAGAUCCAGAGAGAAAGACAAUAGAAGUGUUUCAAGAUAUAAGGAUGGUAGACGAUCACCCUCACAUCGGUCACCUUCACGCAGGUCACCCAAUAACAGGUCAAAGAGUAGAGAUCUAAUGAGAGAAUCACACAGGUCCAAAAGUAGAGACCCUCAUUGGGUCAGAUCUCCUGGUAGAGAAAGACCUAGAGACACAAGGAAUAGAUCACCAGAAAGGAGAAGAUCUCCUGAUCGACGACCAGAUAACAGACGACUUGAUGAAAGGAGACGAUCACCUGAUUGGGGGAGACCUGUAGAAAGAAAUGAUAGAAGUCGUGAGAGACUUUUAGAAAAUAGAGGAUCUCCAGAGAAAAGAAGAUCUCCUUUUGUUACUGCAUUUAAAAGCUACAGGGAUUUAUAUGGUGGAAGAGGUAGAGGACAAGAUAGAGGUCGUGACAGGAGAAGUAGAUCACGUGACAGACGACACAGAAGUAGAUCGAGAGACAGACGAAGACGGGAUAGAAAGAAGGAAGAUAAAUUUAAAGGCAGCUUAUCUGAAGGCAUGGCAACACACCAGGAUGAUUCAGAUGAUGAAAAUCUUGAUAUCGACAUUCCUGAUGAUGAUGAAGAUGAAGAAGAUAUGAUAGCUAGAAGAAGGAAAGAAAGAGAAGCACUGUUACAGAAACUAACAUUUGCCAGUAAUGAGAACAGUAGGAUGUCUCAGGACGAUGAUACACAAAGUGAAGAUGAAUCUCGAGCUUCAUCAGAUAGUGACGAGGUGGCAGCACGAGCAGCAGAGAUUCUAGAUGAAGAACCACAGGAUUACUUUGAAAUGUCAUAUCAUCAGAAAAGACAAAUCUUUGGAUUAGAAGAGGCAGAACAGAAAAAGAAAGAAGAAGAGGAAGAGAAGGAGGGGGACAAAGAUAAGGAGGGAGACAAAGAAAAGCCAGCUGACAUGUUUUCAGAAAGUGACAUGUUCAGUGAAAAUUAUACCAGUCCUGGAGUAGCCAAGUUUACUUCUAAUGUUAAUGAGAAUCCUAGUCUACUGGAUAAUUGGGAUGAUGCUGAAGGCUAUUAUAGAGUGAGAGUUGGAGAGAACUUAGACAAGAGAUAUUCUGUGUAUGGUUAUACAGGACAUGGUGUGUUCAGUAGUGUAGUCAGGGCUAGAGAUGAGGCAAGGGGCAAAAUGGAUGUAGCAAUUAAAAUUAUUAGAAACAACGAAAUGAUGCACCGUACUGGUUUAAAGGAAUUAGAGUUCCUACGUAAGCUGAAUGAUGCAGACCCUGAUGACAAGUUUCAUUGUUUACGACUGUACAGACAUUUCUUCCAUAAAAACCAUCUCUGUUUAGUCUUUGAAUCUUUGAGUAUGAAUCUACGAGAAAUAUUGAAGAAGUAUGGUAAAGACAUAGGAUUACAUAUAAAAGCAGUCAGAUCAUAUGCACAGCAACUGUUACUAGCUCUCAAACUUCUGAAGAGAUCCAGUAUAUUACAUGCUGAUAUUAAACCAGAUAAUAUAUUGGUAAAUGAGUCCAAGUUACUGUUGAAAUUGUGUGAUUUUGGUUCAGCAUCUCAUGUGUCUGACAAUGACAUCACUCCUUACUUAGUCAGCAGGUUUUACAGAGCUCCUGAGAUUAUUUUGGGUAUGGGUUACGACCAUGCUAUAGACAUGUGGUCAGUUGGAUGUACCCUGUUUGAACUGUAUACGGGAAAGAUCCUGUUUCCUGGAACAUCAAACAAUGAAAUGUUGAAGUUUAUGAUGGAUGUGAAGGGUAAAAUGCCACACAAGGUGAUACGUAAGGGUAUGUUUAAGGACAACCAUUUUGACAGCAACUACAAUUUUAUGUACAUGGAAGUGGACAAAAUUACGCAAAGGGAGAAGGUGACUGGUAUGACACAAAUAAAUAUUUCCAAACCGUUAUUGUCCGAAAUGGUUGGCUUCCAGCGACUUCCCGAGGACCAAUUGAAGAAAGUGAUGCAAUUAAAAGACUUACUGGACAAAGUUCUCAUGUUAGAUCCAAGUAAACGAAUCAGUAUAAACCAAGCACUGACUCAUCCAUUCAUUCAGGAGAAAAUAUAAAUUAUAGUGUUAUUCAUAUUCAAGUAGGAUUAAUGGAUAUAAAUGUUUGACAUGAAAGAGGUUUAUUUGUAAGUCUAAAUGAUGUUGUACGGUAAGAUGUAGUGCCAUGGAACGAAGCUUGACAUUGAAUGUGAAACAAAUUCGCGCAACAAAAUAUACACUGAACAUUACAUUAAGAAUUGAUUAAGAUUUCAAGUAGUCUUAAUUGUUAUACAGAUCUUAAGCAUAGUUAUUUUCAUGAAAUCCGUUUAAACUUACAAAUUUAAAUGAUUAGAAAAUUGAAAGUUUUUCUUUUUCCUUUAAAAUAGAAAAAAAAUGGAAACCAUGAUCUCAUGAAAAUCUCUAUGUUUAUAGUAGUAAAAUACUUCAAUUUUAGUAUAGCAACCAGUGAUAUUAUAUUGAAUUUGAAACAGACAUUAUAAGACAAGAUAUGUAGUUGAUAUGUAGAAAUAUGUAAUUUGUUGUGAUUGAAACUAACAUGUUAAUUUGUGUUUCAGUUCGCUGUGAUAUGGUUUAAUCACAGACUGUUACCUUUUUACUGAUCAGUUACAAGAGUUGAGCAAAGGUAACCAUACAAACAUGGGGAAGGGGUAUCAGUUUAUUUUAAAAUUGGUUUAUAUUAAACUUAUUUUUUGUUCAGAGUUCAAUAGGUAAGUGAACCUCAUUUAUGUAUGAUUUAAGCAUUCAAUUUUCAUCUUCAUUCAGUUUUAUCCAUAUGUGUCCAAUAUUAGUUUUCACAAAUCGUUCCUAAUUUGGAAAUUUUAUAAGGGAUCAUAAACAACAAUCAAAGUUUAGACAUAUAUUUGCUUCUGGUAAAGGAGGCAAUUUCAAAAUGUUUUAAAAGUUUUUAUUCAAAAGCUUAAUAUUCUCAAGUGAAAUUGAUUGAAAAUUUGAUUUUGGAAACCAUUAAACACAGGCCAAGUUUCAUUUAACAUUCCUUAAGUUUGAAGAAUCAAAAUUCAUUAAAAAAAGUCAAUAUUUGCUAAACACAAUUAUCGUUGAACUAGAGACAACCCAUUUUAUAUGCAUCAUUUUUGUUUCAUUAUACAAUUAUAUGAUUAAUAAAUGUUUAAUAAAUGAUUUUUUUUUUAAAUAAACAUAAAAUAAUCAAAAUGUUAAAAAACAAGUGUAAAUAUUUUAUUUAUUUUAGUAUUUCAUUUUACACAUUUUAACAAACAAAUUGAAAUUGUUUGGAAUUUGAAAUAAAAUUAAUUUCCUUAAAAAUAAUCAUUUUUGAUUGGGGUUUAUUUUUCAGAUAUUUGAAGAAUUCUGUUUCCAACAUAUUGAGGUCUUACAAUUUUACAGUCUUAUCUAAAGAUAAGUGCUUUAUGAGGUAGCAAAGUGUGAAUUUAUAGUUCCUAAUUAUCUGUUUUCACCAAAAAAGUAUUUUUAUAAAAUGCAUGUAUAACACUCAAUUUAGUUGCCAUAGCAACAACUUUGCAAUAUAUUUAACAUAUGUAAAUUCAUCUUGUGUUUAUGAUUGUUUAAAAAAGAGCAUACAUAUUUCUACAGUUAUGUAAAAUUUAGCAGCAAUUUUUGUAUAUCUAUGUUAGUGAUUAUGUAUAAAGACUUUUAAUUGAUUUUAUGUAAAUUUGUUGACUAUGUACUUUUUUCAUGCAGGAAAGUCCAGGAAUAAAAUGCAGACUUGAUAUCAAA